AUGGCUACUUUCUGCGUUUUUGCACAAGAUGACGAUGCAUCUCCAACAGUCAUUGAAAUAAACUAUGGAUCAACCACGGAAUUGAUGACAUUCGCAGAGCCUACCGGUAGGGCAACUAGUACCAGCUCGUCUGCAAAUACCAAUACAGCACCCUCAGCUUCAUCUACCCACAUCACUCGCAUAGUAAUUCUAGUAGUAACAGCCAUCGUAUGCAUACCCUGCGGCCUACUUCUGUGAAGAUACAGACGACAUGGCUAUGUUUUCAGACCCCCAAAGAAACCGGAACGAAACCCAAUUGAUACACAUUGUGGGGUUGCAGAGUUACCGCAAGGUGAAUAUCACGAGACGACGGAGUUGAUGGCGGAGGAUAUACCGCGGGAAAUGAGAUUGGUUGGGCAUCGUGAGUCGGCUGAGAUGGAGGGUUCUCUUUUGCAGCUGUAUGAGAUGGAGGCGACGGCGUCAUCGAAUGUGAAGUGGGGGACUACGAGCCCGGAGAUCAAAGGGUUUGAGAGGAAAAGAGGGGAGUAUGGAGAUUUCGCCUUGUUGAACUUUUACUGUUUGUGUUGCGAAGGAACGGGAUGAUAGUCUUGGGCUGGACGAUGAUAUGAACUUGGCUUUGAGAGCGAACCGGAUGGCUCUUCGUAUGAUUGAAUG